AUAAUCUGCUUUUAACCACAGAUUCACUGACAUUCUGUGUAGCAUUAUCACAAACAUCUAAACCUCUUUUCUCUCUCCGUCACAAUGCAUCUAGCAAUGGCAGCCAACGCUGUCGUCGCUCCGUCACCGUUCCAACCCAGCUCGCUUCUCCGGUCAUCAUUCUCCGGCGUCUCCGUUAAGCUCACUCCCCAAUCCCUAACCUUUUCCCGCUCGAGGGCCCUCACCGUCUUCGCCGCCACCAAGAAGGCCGUUGCCGUCCUCAAGGGAACCUCCGCCGUCGAAGGCGUAGCCACCCUAACACAAGAAGACGAUGGCCCAACAACGGUUACUGUUCGCAUUACUGGCCUUACUCCGGGGCUUCAUGGUUUUCACCUUCAUGAGUAUGGUGAUACCACAAAUGGGUGUAUUUCGACAGGAGCACAUUUUAAUCCUAAAAAAUUGACACAUGGUGCUCCUGAGGAUGAAAUCCGUCAUGCGGGUGACCUGGGAAACAUAGUUGCUAAUGCAGAUGGGGUUGCAGAGGUUUCAAUCGUGGAUAAUCAGAUACCACUCUCUGGCCCCAAUUCAGUAGUUGGAAGAGCCUUGGUGGUUCAUGAGCUUGAGGAUGAUCUCGGAAAGGGGGGUCAUGAACUUAGUUUGACAACUGGAAAUGCUGGUGGAAGAUUAGCAUGUGGUGUGGUUGGUUUGACUCCGGCAUAAUUAGUGCAGCGAAUGUUUAGUCGUGUUAUUUUUCUGAUGAUGUGUUUUUUUUUUUCUUUGUUUGGGUUACCCCCAUCACGUCAAGCACGAUGACUCGCUGUUGUUUGCUUUCUUCAGUCGCCAUGUAAACCAUAAAACAUUAUGUCCAUCAAAAGACAAGUGCGCAAAUGAAUCUUGAAAACAUAUCAGUCCUUCACCGGUGUGCACACCCUAAUAAAAUUCAUCAUGCGGUCAGGUGUUUAUUCUCCCAAUGAAAUUGAUUUCUGUAGUCCUUGUUGCCUGCUUCACAAAUAAUUUAUGUUUGAUAUUCUAUGUCAAUGGUGCAAGUGCAGCAACUGGUUACUUGUGUGAAAUGUUAUUUUACUUUUGGUCCUGGGGACGGGAUCAAAUGAAGCCCUUUUUACCCAUGCCCCUUUUAGCUCUUCAGUGAAGAUAUGCUGCAAGGGAUUCUAUAUGUUCAUCAUAUUCAGUUGAGACGUGCAUUGUGCUUUCAAGGCUACGAAGAUGAGAUUUCUCUUUUUUUUUUUCCAACCAAGAUAAAGUAAUUCAUCA